GUAUCUAGAAAAAAGAUACAUGACAUAGUGAUACAUCUCAUUUUUAUGUACAACAUUAAAAAUGGCGCGAAAUCCGCGAUAUUUGACGAAGGCUAAUGGAGUCACCAUGAUUCGCACAAUUUUGAUCAUGAUUGGCAUGUUCUUUGCUCGAAGGAAUCCUUUUGUUUUUGUUAGUUUAUACACUGCAAGCCACCUUCUCGAUAUGCUUGAUGGAUAUGUGUCUAGAUACUACAAUGAGUCUACAUUGGUCGGUGCGGCGUUUGACCAAUUAUUGGAUCGCAUGUCUUCCACUUAUCUUUGCUUCUUGAAUGCUCGUCAGUAUCCAAGAUGCUUGGAAGUAUUCUAUUUGAUAAUGCUAAUUGACAUUUGCGGUCAUUGGAUUCACAACUAUGCAUGCGCUUUAUACUCUAACACCAACCAUAAGGACGUCAAGGAUGCAAAUAUAUUCUUGCGUGUCUACUAUCACAAGCGGUGGCUGAUGUUCAUGUCAAUUGUUAUGUACGAGACAUUCUUCUGUACACUAUACAUUCGUUCGAUGUACCAUCCUGGGGACUAUAUAUACGGUCUUGUUAACUAUUUCCUUUUGGUUUCAUCACCUCUAUGUGGUUACAAGAUCUUAACCAACGUUUUGCAAGGCAUCUAUGGAUGCCGUCGUAUAAUGCAUUACGACAUCAGCACAUCUAAAUAGUGCGUUGCUUGGAUCUGAAAGGGUCAUUAUAGCGUGCCCAAAACGGGCUU